UGCAGAGGUGCCUCUGGAUAGUUUUCGGGUCAUCUCUGAUUUACACCUUCGUUAUUGGAUGAGGUCCAGGCAGAUCCUGUUUCUGUUUCUUUGUAAUUCUGAUAACCACCACGUUGCGACGGUGGCUCCACCUGGACGGAUCUGCUCUCCCGGUCACCGCCCACUGGUACGCCGCGGUGUUGUUCACGGCUGCGCCAAAAAUAAGGAACUUCGCGAGGCGGUCACUUGACUAUCCGAAAGUGAAACUCAAAGUGGCAAAAAUAAAAGAUAUCAAAAUGGCAAUGGAGUUGAACAAGCCGGCGUCACUUACCGAAGAACUCGAGUGUCCUGUGUGCCUCGACUUUUUCAGGGACCCCGUCAUGCUGGAGUGCGGCCACAACAUUUGCCGACCGUGCAUUCUGAAGUACAUGAACAGCCAACGUGCGGUUCAGUGUCCCGAAUGCCGGGCCGCGGUUAAUGGACCAGGAAGCCUUGUAGCCAACCGAGCCCUGAGAAACUUGGCAGACAAGGCGAGGGCGAUGCAGCUAAGCGACGUUGUUCCCCAGGGCGCGAGCAAGUCCUACAGCGAGGUGCCCGCGACGGCGCCACCGAUGCAGACUGAGCCCCUCUGCGCCAGGCACGGCCAGAUGCUGCAACUGUACAGCGACGCCGAGCAGAGGCCGGUGUGUGGGGUGUGCGUUCAGGAGGCCCGGGCACUGGGUCUGGGCUACUCCUAUAGACCAAUUGCUGAAGUCGUCGCCGCCUGCAAAGCAGAAGUCAACGGUGCUUUGCAGUUUCUAGUCAAGGACAACCAAGCACUACAUCAUUUAGAGACUAGUCAGGUUAAAGAAAUUGCAAAAGUUCAGGAUGAUACUAAUCAGCUAAUGCUGGAAAUCGCAGCUCGUUUUUCCGAGUUGCAGGAAUUUCUGAGAAGGAGAGAGGAGGAGUUGAAACGGGAAUUGAAAUUAUCGGAAAAGAAUGUUCUUGAACAAAUGGAAAGAAAUCUGGAAGCCAUACAGAGAGCAGAGAAUGAUGGAAGCCAGAGAAUUGCUGCACUUCAGUCAAUACAGGAAUCUGGUGACCCAGUCUCAUUACUUAAGUGGUGGACUAAUACAGGAUACCCCCUCAUUGAAAAUAUGAAACAACCAUCUUCUCCACCUGCAGAGACAGAUGACUGGGAAAUUGUGUCUACAUCCGGAUAUAAAUCGCAAGUUAAAGAUCUUGGUCUGCACCCUGGCUCUGUAUCUCUUGGCCCCAUCGAGACUCAUUUGCAGUUCUUUGUAUGGAAAGAAAUGCUAAAGGUCAUCAAAACAGUUCCCCAACGUCUCACAUUGGAAGACUGCAGUGGAAACUGGCUAAAGAUUUCAAGGGAUGGAUGCAGUGUGAGACAGUAUGACCAGCGGCUACCAAACCAGGAGAACCAAACUCAGUGCAGUACUUCACCUCCUUUCUGUGAGGCAGCUUUUGAUGUGAAUCUGCAUGCUACUUCAAGUGACAAAUUCUCAAGUGGGAAACACUAUUGGGAAGUGGAGGUUGGUGGGAAGAGUGACUGGGCACUUGGAGUUAAGUUAGAGAAGGUCACUGAGAAGAAUAGCAAAUGGUACAAAAAACUGUUUAAUUUGAUUUCCCCUUAUUAUUAUGUGUUGUUGGCAUUCACAAAAGACAAAAACUACCAUAUCAAGGCCAUGUCUACAGACAUUCCUGUCGUACCAGCUGGCCGGCCUCGAAAGGUGGGAGUACACCUGGACUGUGAUAAAGCCACCAUCACUUUUUACAAUGCAGAUGACAUGUCACUUAUUUACACAUAUGAUAUUGGGUAUAUCCAGAGUGCUUUAGCUUAUUUCAAUCCAGGGCCCUAUUGUCAUGGCCGAAACACAGAACCCCUGAAAGUGUGCUGGUAUUAACUAAUUGCAGCCAUUUUGCAGUCUUAAGGGUCUGAUUUGCUUGCUCUUAUGUGCAUCUUUAUGGAGUUUUCACUGUGAUUUCACCCUUUAAAAAUUACUACACUAACAUAUAUUCCUGUUGUUUUUAUUAUUUGCUUAAUACACAUACUUUUCAUAUUAAAAGAUCACAUACAGUAAUAAAUGUGUCGUUGGUAAUUCAUUCUGCAAAAAUAGGACAUACCCAAUACUUACCUAAUUACUUUAUCCUUUUUAGCAAAAGACUAUUAUGUAAAAGACCAUUAAGAAAACCCUGAUGACUUCCUCUGUGACUCAGUCCUUUUACUUCUACCUUUUAAACA